UAUGAAACCGACCAGCCGGAUCCUCUUCCUCUUCGCCUUCCUCCUCGCCUGGCUGGGAUCCAAGGCUGCCCCCUCGGCCUCUCCGCCUGCAGGCUCUGACUUCCCAGGGAUGGGCCACCCCCUGGAGACCACCCCAGGCACUCCUGAAAAUUCCACCAGCAACACACCUAACCCAGAAUUCCCUGGGACUGUUCCUCCUGAGCCCUCCAAGAUACCUCAUGCAGUUUUCCCUGGAACCUCCUCCCCUGGCUUCACCGAGACCCCCACCCCUGACCUCGGAGAAACCCCCAACCCAGAGCGUCCUGAGACUCCCAAGUCUGACCCACUCACAACCUCACUAUCAGAAUCCCUAGACACCACAAAAACUAACCCCUCCAGAAUGACACACCCAGAACCUUCUGAGAUCCCCAAGCCUGACCCGACUCAAACCCCACACUCCGAUAACCCCAAACCUGAUCUCUCUAAAGCUUUACACUCAGAAUUCCAUGAGCCCCCAAACACCGACGCUAUACAAACAGUACGCCAGAGGUCACUGGAUAUUCCCACACCCAAUGCCCCUGAAAUCUCACAUGCAGAAACCGCUGGGGCCCCAACUCCUGCUCCCACCGAGACCUCCGACCCCACAUCUCCAGGAACCCAAGACCUCAAUGCUACUGGGCUCCCAAACUCUGAAUUAUCCCAAACCCUCCAUCCUGACCCCACUGAAACCCCCCACCUAGAGUCCCGUGUGACUCACAGCCCCAGCCCCACUGAAAUUCCCCAGACAGAAUUCCACACCAUCCAUGGCCAAGACGCAACGGAGACCCCCAUGUCCUCUGACCCUGACGUCACGAGUGUUUACCCAGAAACCCCUGCAUCCUUCAAGGAUGAAGCCACUGCCCCACAUGACCAGCCCCUGAAUCCUGAACCAGAAAUCCUUGCAGCCACCCAGCCUGGCUCCCCCACAUGGCCCACCUCAGAUUCUCCAGGGACCAUUGAGCUGAAGACCCCCCAAAACUCUGAUCCUAAAGGCCCCGACGCCCUUCCCCCAUCGGCCCGGAUUGCGGGCCCCUCUGCUCCUCCAGGGCCCCCCACUCAACUGAUCCCUGCCACUCCACGGGCACCCCAGAGGCGCAGCCGCGGCGAGAGAGUCAACACUAUCAUCGUGGUGGAGCGAGUGAAGGAGACGGGCGUGACCCUGGUGGGGCGCCCGCGCGGCGCGGCGGGCGGGGCUCUGUGCCUGUUCUUCGCGGCCCGCGUCUGGAGCGCCUUCAUGCAUCUGGACGCCCCGAAGGACCCCUACGACCUCUACUUUUAUGCUCCGGAUGCCUGGGUCCCUUCGCACAUCGCCACCAAGCAGCCGCCGCCUACACCCCCGCUGCCACCCAAGCUGCCCCCGCCGCCUCGCGGGGGCCGCCCCCAGCGCCUGGCGGCUCUGUCCCCCGCCACACUCCCCAACAACUUCGUGUGAGCCCGCUGGUCCCGCGGACUGCUCGUCCCCAGAGGAAGGGAGGACUCGGGUCCUGCCCUGCUAUGCUAGUUAGUGAUCCGCGCGAAUGGAGGUUCCAGAAACAUGCUUUCCCUGCGGUCGGAGAACACGGCCCGAAGCCUAAUAAAUCACGUGU